GGGAUUUCUAAUUAUUAUGAUGUUAUUGCAAUAAAUACUAAAAAGUUUUAAUUCAAAACGAUUUAUAAUUAUUGGACAUUCAUGUCUGCCAAAAUAAGCAUAAAUUAAAAUGGUAGCAUUAAAAAAAAAAAAAACAAAUAAAAAGUAUGCAAUAAAUAAUAUAUACCAAAGUGUAAAAAAUAAAUAAAUAAAUAAAUAAAUUCUAAUUUAAAAAUUCUAUGUCGCGACCAGCGUGUAGAAGCAACAUUAAAUAAUGGAAGAAAGAGGGGCAAAAGUUGAGCAGAGGCAGCAGAAGGGUUGGUGAAGUUGUAUUGUCUUAUUGGUCACGGUUGGUAAAUCAACCACCCACUGCCUAAUAAAACUAGUAAUCAAAAGUAAACCUCGAAGACGCAUAUACAGUUAGAUAGUCUCAACUUGAGUCAGCUCCACCAACCCAAAAACCUCUCUUCUUAAUUUUCUUUUCUUAUAUGUUGUUUUGUUCCAACUUUUCGUUUUCUGCAACACCCAGAUCCUAUAUUUUCUCAGAUUUUGAGCUUUAUUAAGCUGAUUCUCAUUUUCUUCACUGUUUAGAGGAAUGGUAGCACCAACAAGAAUUGGCCUUGCCGGCCUUGCUGUCAUGGGCCAAAAUCUUGCCCUCAACAUCGCUGAGAAGGGCUUUCCAAUUUCUGUCUACAAUCGGACCACAUCAAAAGUUGAUGAAACAGUAGAAAGAGCCAAAACAGAAGGAAACCUCCCCGUGUAUGGAUUCCAUGAUCCUGAAUCCUUUGUUCAAUCAAUCCAAAAACCUCGUGUCAUAAUCAUGCUCGUAAAAGCUGGACCUCCUGUUGAUCAAACCAUCAAAACAUUAUCAGUAUACUUGGAGAAAGGAGACUGUAUCAUUGAUGGUGGUAAUGAGUGGUAUGAAAACACAGAGAGACGGGAAAAAGCCAUGGCUGAUCUGGGCCUGCUUUAUCUUGGAAUGGGAGUGUCAGGUGGUGAAGAAGGCGCUAGACAUGGACCUUCACUGAUGCCUGGAGGAUCCUUUCAGGCCUACAAGUACAUUGAAGAUAUCCUUCUUAAGGUGGCUGCUCAGGUUCCUGACAGUGGCCCAUGUGUUACUUAUGUUGGAAAAGGAGGAUCCGGGAACUUCGUGAAGAUGAUUCAUAACGGGAUUGAAUAUGGUGAUAUGCAGCUUAUUGCUGAGGCCUAUGAUGUGCUUAAAUCAGUUGGGAAGCUCUCUAAUGAGGAACUACACCAUGUUUUCUCAGAAUGGAAUAAAGGGGAGCUUUUGAGCUUCUUGAUUGAAAUCACUGCAGACAUAUUUGGGAUUAAGGAUGACAAGGGAGAAGGCUAUCUGGUGGACAAGGUCCUUGAUAAAACUGGCAUGAAAGGAACUGGAAAAUGGACGGUUCAACAAGCUGCUGAACUGUCAGUUGCAGCUCCCACUAUUGCAUCCUCCUUGGACUCGAGGUUCCUCAGUGGGUUGAAGGAGGAAAGGGUUGAAGCUGCUAAAGUUUUUAAAUCCAGUGGUGUUGGUGACAUUCUCACUGAUCAAGCAGUGGACAAGAAGAAGUUAGUCGACGAUGUGAGGCAAGCACUUUAUGCAUCCAAAAUAUGUAGUUAUGCCCAGGGAAUGAACUUGAUACGUGCAAAGAGCACUGAAAAAGGUUGGAAUUUGAAACUUGGGGAGUUGGCUAGGAUCUGGAAGGGAGGUUGCAUUAUCCGUGCUAUAUUUUUGGAUCGCAUCAAGAAAGCCUAUGACAGAAACCCUGAUCUUGCCAACCUUCUUGUGGAUCCAGAAUUCGCAAAGGAGAUUAUUGAGCGACAGAAUGCUUGGAGAAGAGUAGUUUGCCUAGCCAUCAAUGCAGGCAUUAGUACUCCGGGCAUGUCUUCUAGUCUUGCUUACUUUGACACAUACAGGAGGGGCAGGCUUCCUGCUAAUUUGGUCCAAGCUCAAAGAGAUUACUUUGGAGCUCAUACAUAUGAGAGGACUGAUGUGCCUGGAUCCUUCCAUACCGAAUGGUUCAAGAUUGCUAAGCAAUCAAAGAUCUGAUGUGAAGCUUCCAUUGUUGCCACCUAGACACCGGUUUGCUCAUAAGAUAUCAAAAAAGUUUAUGGUGUUUAAUUGACAUUCUAAUUAUGUUGGUUUUAUUUUCCCGAUCCAGCAUGCUCUGGAUUCUAAUUUCAAAUUUCAAAUCCUUUUACUAUAUGCCCUUUCAUUUAAGAAUAAAAGCAUGUACUAUUUCCCUUUUGAUUCAAGGGAGCUAAACAACAUUCCGUGUUGUAGUUGAAGAAUGAUUACUUAAUAUUUGUAUUUUCAUGUUUGGUUA